AUGGCACAACAACCCAACGGCCACCCGCCUCAAGGCGCCUCCCUUGCGACCGACCUCUUCGAAGACAUGGGCCGCAAAGUCUCCAGCUAUAACACCAACGGCACCACCUCAGACAACGAGCCCGACCAGCGAGUCACGGAAGAAAUCGAAUCGCUAUGCAUGAACUGCCACGAAGACGGCAUCACCAGACUGCUGUUAACGCGAAUACCAUUCUUCCGCGAAAUCGUCAUCAUGUCUUUCUCAUGCACGCACUGCGGGUUCCAGAACAACGAGAUCCAGUCGGCGGGGUCGAUACAGGAGAAGGGCGCAAAGUACGCUCUACGAGUUGAGAGCGAGGCGGAUUUACAGAGACAAGUAGUGAAGAGCGAUAUCUGCGCGUUCAAGAUCGAGGAUAUUGAUCUAGAGAUCCCGCCUGGAAAGGGCCGGUACACGAAUGUGGAGGGGUUGAUCGCGAGUACACGGCAGGAUCUGGAAACGCACCAGGAUGAGCGGAUGAGACAGAUGCCGGAAGUCGGGGAGAAAGUGGCGGGCGUGAUCAGGACGUUGGCGGAUAUGGUGGAAGGGAGGAGGUUUCCGUUCAUGAUCUCGGUGGAUGAUCCCAGUGGGAACUCGAUGAUUGAGCCGAAGCCUGGGGAGGCGGCAGGUAAGUGGGCGAAGAGUGAGUACAAUCGGACGGCUGCGCAGAAUGCGGAGUUGGGGCUAGGAGAUGAGGUCGAGCAGCCGACGCAGGAGGAGCAAACGAGUACACGACCCGAGUACCACGCGGAAGGCCUAGUAGGCGCCCAACCCACCAACGGCGUCCAACCCAACAACGUCGACGACGAAGACAUCAUCGAGAACCAAAUCUACGAAUUCCCCGCCUCCUGCCCCGGCUGCACGCGCCCUUGCUCCACCAACAUGAAAAUGGUCAACAUCCCCUACUUCAAACAAGUCGUCAUCAUGAGCACCGUCUGCGAGCACUGCGGGUACCGGAGUAACGAAGUCAAGACGGGCGGGGAGGUGCCUGAGAAGGGUUCGCGCAUUACGCUGAAAGUGUCGAGCCGCGAAGACCUGGCGCGGGAUAUUCUGAAGAGCGAAAGCGCGGCUCUCGCCUGCCCCGAGCUCCAGCUGCGGGUAGAACCCGGCACGAUGGGCGGCCGCUUCACAACCGUCGAAGGCAUCCUGACGCAAAUCCGCAAAGACCUGCGCGGCCAAGCCUUUGGUCUCGAAGACGGCGAUUCCGAACUCCCAGAUGGCGGUGGCGACUCCAUGACCGAGGGCUCAAAAGAGGCCUGGGACGCCUUUUUCGCGAGCUUGACAGAGGCGAUCGAGGGCAAGAAGGAGUUUAGCCUGGUGCUGGAGGAUCCGCUGGCGAGUAGUUAUGUGCAGAGCCUAACGGCGCCGGAGCCGGAUGGGCAGAUUGAGGUGGUGGAGUAUGAGAGGACGGAGAGGGAGGAGGAGGAUUUGGGGUUGAGGGAUAUGAAGACGGAGGGGUAUGAGGAGGACGGGGUGCAGGCUCGAUAA